CCGGGGGUGGUGGUGGAGGACGGGGGCGAAAGAGGAAGGAGGCUCCGGGAGCAAGCGAGACAAAAAAGGGUCAGCCCUGGGACUUGGGAAAACUGGGUAACGAACACACGGAGAGAAGAGAAGAAGGGUCAUCUCUAAUUUCAUUAUUAUUAUUUUUUGGGGGUUCCUUUUUGAAGUUCAUUUUCACUGGAAACUCCCCCCCCCCCCCUCCAAUCUCACCGCCAUUCAUCUGACAUCUGCCCCCCACCCCCACCCCUCAACUGCCCUCUCAGCCCCCCACCGUAAAAGCCUGUACGACUCAACAAUGCCAUCCAACACUGUCACCAACUCCAACUCCAUCUCAUGCAAGGGCUCGGAUUUCGUGGAUUCACCCGGAAACAGAAUGGGUGAGAGCGUAUUACUGGACGUGGGACAAAUGAAGGAGCCGAGGUCAACCUUUAGUAGUGCCCCAUUUAAAGUUGGAAAACCUGGAAGGAAGCGUAAGCAGUUCCCAGUCGAGAGCUGCGGGUCCAUCACGGGCUGCGCCAGCGUUUGCAACAGUUACCUCGAACUGUGCCGGCCAUCCAUAUCACAAGUCUACAACGGAGAGACCGACUCGCGCGGAGAGAAGACGCCCGACGCCCGCUUCCCCAGACAGGAGAAGCGGGAAGUAGAGAAUGGAAUUCCCAGAUGCCCGUCCUCCUACCAGGAGGAGGACGGCUCCCAGGGUCAGAGGCCCAGUCCCUCCCAGGAGAACGGCUUCCUGUCCAGCCAGGAGGAGCGGGAGCUGGAGAAGGACAAGGACGACGGCCCGAUGAUGCCGCGCAAGAAAAGAGGGAGGCGGAAACUGGAGCGGCCAACGAAGUAUGUGGAGCACAAGGAAGACGACGGGUGUGACGCAAUCAAGACUGAGGGAGGUCGAGGCAGGCUACGAAGGGGAGUUGGUUGGGAGAUCAGCCUUCGACAGAGGCCUAUGCCCAGAAUUACCUUCCAGGCUGGUGACCCUUAUUACAUUAGCAAGCGGACCAGGGAGGAGUUGAUGGCCAAGUGGAAGAUGGAGGCAGAGAAAAGAGCCAAGCUAAUGUCAGAGAUCAACAUAAUGAAGGACCUGGAGAAGAACGACGCAGAGAGCCGCACGGAGGAGCUCCCAAUAAUCAAACACCCGCAGCCUUCAAAGCAACAACCUCAACCUCAGCCGCACAGCCUGCCUCUGCCGCAGCCUCAGUAUCAGCAGCAAUCACAGCCGCCUCUGCCGCAGCAAAAGCAGCAGCAGCAGCAGCAGCAGCAGCAACACAAGCAGCCACCUCAACAGCAGCAACCUACUGACCCGGCUUCUCCCACUGUGGCCACCACCCCGGAGCCUGUCGCCAUCGGGGGAGAGGAAAAAACGUCCCAAAAGUCUUCAGACACCGAGCCCGAGUAUGAGGACGGCCGUGGUUUUGGCAUCGGCCAGCUGGUUUGGGGGAAGCUGCGAGGAUUUUCUUGGUGGCCGGGCCGCAUCGUAUCCUGGUGUGUGACGGGCCGGAGCAGAGCCGCCGAGGGAACCAGAUGGGUCAUGUGGUUUGGAGACGGGAAAUUCUCAGUGGUAUGUGUAGAGAAACUUCUGCCUUUAAGUUCGUUUAAUAAUGCCUUUCACCAACCAACUUACAACAAACAGCCCAUGUACAAGAAAGCAAUCUACGAAGUGUUACAGGUGGCUAGUAGCCGGGCAGGAAAAGCCUUCACUGCCUGCCCCGACAGCGAUGAAAGUGAAACCUCCAAAUCAGUGGACAUGUUAAACAAGAAGAUGAUUGAGUGGGCGAUGACCGGGUUUCAGCCCACUGGACCUAAGGGCUUAGAGCCUCCCGAAGAGGAGCGUAACUCCGAGGUUUACCCCGAGACGUGGGUGGAGCCCGAAGCGGCGGCCUACACGCCCCCCCCAGCCAAAAAGCCUCGCAAAAGCACGGUGGAGAAACCGAAAGUCAAGGACAUCAUCGAUGAGAGGACACGAGAGCGACUUGUUUAUGAAGUGAGACAAAAGUGCCGCAGCUUGGAGGACAUCUGCAUCUCUUGUGGAAGUCUGAACGUGAGCCUGGAGCACCCGCUGUUCGCUGGAGGAAUGUGCCAGAGCUGCAAGAACUGCUUCCUGGAAUGUGCGUACCAAUACGACGAUGACGGUUAUCAGUCGUACUGCACCAUUUGCUGCGGCGGACGUGAGGUGCUCAUGUGUGGAAACAACAACUGUUGCAGGUGUUUCUGUGUGGAAUGUGUAGACCUCCUCGUUGGUCAAGGAGCCGCCCACGCUGCCAUCAAAGAGGACCCGUGGAACUGCUUCAUGUGCAGUCCGAAGGGCGUGUUUGGUCUUCUGGAGCGCCGCUCAGACUGGCCUGACCACCUGCAGCUCUUCUUCGCAAAUAAUCAUGACCAAGAUUUUGAUCCACCAAAGCUUUACCCCCCAGUCCUGGUGGAGAAGAGGAGGCCCAUUCGUGUUCUGUCGCUGUUCGACGGCAUAGCAACAGGACUGCUGGUGUUAAAAGAACUUGGCAUCCAAGUGGAUCGCUAUGUAGCGUCCGAGGUGUGUGAAGACUCAAUCACGGUGGGCAUGGUCCGACAUCAGGGGCGGAUCAUGUAUGUUGGGGAUGUGAGGAAUGUCACACGCAAACAUAUUCAGGAGUGGGGUCCAUUUGACCUCGUCAUCGGUGGAAGUCCCUGCAACGACCUCUCGAUAGUCAAUCCCGCUCGGAAGGGCGUUUAUGGAGGCAGCGGCCGCCUCUUCUUCGAGUUCUACCGGCUGCUCCACGAGGCUCGGCCGAAGGAAGGAGAUAACAGGCCGUUCUUCUGGCUCUUUGAAAACGUCGUUGCGAUGGGUGUGAGCGACAAGAGGGACAUCUCUCGCUUUUUAGAGUGUAAUCCAGUUAUGAUUGAUGCCAAGGAGGUGUCUGCUGCCCACCGCGCCCGUUACUUUUGGGGUAACCUCCCUGGCAUGAACAGACCUCUGUCGGCCAUGUGCUCCGACAGGCUGGACCUCCAGGACUGUUUGGAGCACGGCAGAACGGCAAAGUUUGAGAAGGUGAGGACCAUCACCACCAGGUCAAACUCCAUCAAGCAAGGGAAGGACCAGCAUUAUCCCGUCUAUAUGAAUGAAAAAGAAGACAUCCUCUGGUGCCCUGAGAUGGAAAGGGUUUUCGGCUUCCCGGUCCACUAUACAGACGUUUCCAACAUGAGCCGACUGGCGAGGCAGAGGCUCCUGGGCCGAGCGUGGAGCGUCCCCGUCAUCCGCCACCUGUUUGCACCACUUAAAGAUUACUUUGCCUGUGUUUGAGGAGCGAGACGUUGCCUUUCGGGCUAUUUAGGAACUAGAAAUAAUAAGAGCCUUGAUUCUCAGAUUAUACUUAUACGUAUAAUUUGCAAACAUUGACAUAGAUUCACAUUAUCUCUUGUAUUUGAAUUGUAAUUCUUAUUCUAUUUAAUUUUGGGUUGUUGUUUUUUUUUGUUGUUAUUUUUACCUUUUAGCAUUGUUAUCGAAUAUUGUUUAUAUCUUUGUGCGAGCUAUACUUGUUUGAGUGGAAUUUUGUUCCUUUUUGAAACGACGAGUCAAAACGUUUCUCACUGAAAAAAAAAAGACAUUUUAAACCAAAACUAUACAAAUUGGACAUACUGUUACUUUGCGAAGAACAAGAGAAAAAAAACUCAGUUUGCUUGCAAAUCCAAAAGUUUUUAUUUUGAAUGAAAACGUUUGGAUCACAAAGCUAAACUUUUCUUCUCGUUUGAAAUAUUUGGUCCGCUUCUUGUUUUCGUUUGGUGUUUGUUUCGGUGCAAACUUUUAACUCUUUUAAUUUUUUACUAGUGGUGGCUUGAUUAGUUCUUGUGCAAAACCUGAAAUAUUGUAAAUCUGUACUGUACUCUUCAACACUAACUAGAGAUUCUGAGAUCUUAGCUUUUCCACAUCAGGACUCCCCUAAAUAGGGUCCAGCUUGAAAAAAUAAUGACAAUGUGGAGAGAAUACAUAAACCUAAACUAACCAAAAAGGAAAAAUUUUCUAUUCCCGAAAUCUUGAAGUUAAUGUUUGGACAGCCAACCAAAAAGUGGUUUCAAGAUAAAUAUUCUCAUCCCAAAAUUGAUGAGAAUCGUUUUAGGCGCAAAAGAAACUUUUAGCUUUGUAAGCAAACCUCUAGAUGCAAAUUUAAGCUGAAAUUGCGUUAUCUUUACAAAGCAAAACAUUUAACUGCGUUUUUCUCCACCUUUGAAAUGUUGGGGGUUUUUUCUUUCUUUUUAUUGAGAAAGGUUGUUUGAUUGGUUGUAUCAAAAGAGAACAAAAUUCCCCCAUCAUAUUCUUGAGACUACGCUUUCGUCUUGAGACACUGAGACACUCGAGCGCCGAACGCGUUUUGCUAAAGAGACGGAAAUCUUUCGAGAAGCAUGGGGACGGCGUUUCGGGUGCGUGAAACGCGUCGGCGCCGCUGCGGCCGUGCUUCCAGCUACUGAGCCUCAAACGGAGAUGUGAGAUUUGUUUUUUUUUUUUGUUUUGUUUUGUUUUUCCCGCUUCGGCGUCGGCGAGGGCCGUGUCUCUGAAAAUCCAAAACACCAGAUCACAAAUACCUCUUUGUUUACGGUUUCUAUAUACAGCUGAAGGUAAUAAAGGUACUACUGUAAUAUGGUUACAACACCAUGGUGCUACAAGAUGAUGGCAGACAUCAUAGCCCAUGUGGCACUACGACUUUAGACAACACAGAGCUCUUUAACCUGUUGCUUGAAAGACUUCUGCUGGAUGUUUUUACAUUUAAUUGAAGAAAAAAAACUGUACUCAGUUCUGCAAAAAAAAAAAAAAAAAACAGACUUUAAACUGCAACGCAGAGCCUGUCCUCUUUUACAACUUUUGUACUGUUUCUACUGGUGCUCAUUUGGUCUCCCAGCCUUUCUGCACUCAGGCCCAAGGCCUGCAUCUGCACAAACAGGAAGUGAAGCUAGCCACAUGGGGAAUGAUGUUUCCUGUCAUUAAAAAAAUAAAUAAAUAAAACAAACAACAACAACAACAAAAAUCUUUUUAAGUGUCCGGUGAGCUGCUUUUUUCUAGUGUCACCCUAACGAUGUUACUGUACAACUGUUAGUAAGCGCUGUUGCUGGAGGCCCGGUGACCGUCCUCCUCAACGUCCGCCUCUCUGAACUGAAAAAAAAAAACUGUCAGGUGCAAAAACUCAACAACAUGGUGCGGCUUCACAAGGUUCUUCUACCUUUUAUAGCAAUUUUGUGCUGUUUUAUCAACAUUAUAAGCACUUUUAUAUGUAUACUUUCUUGUUUUCCUGAUCAUUUUUUUUAAUCAUUAUUAAAUGAUAAUUCUUGUGAAUUUUUAUUUCUUUUAUUAUUUUUUUUGUUUAGUUUUAUGAUGUGAACUGAUCUACCCUUGUGUAAUACUUUUUGUAUUCAGUAGGGCUGUGCCAAUAGAAGUACAAGUAUGGGUUUUGAUAUGUGAAACUUGUUAUUGGACCGUGUACAGUUGGUGGAUUGAUGUUUGUUGACCUUUCCUUUUCCUCCAUCGUUCAUAUUGUACUCGAUUUUAAAGCAGCAGCGAACCCUCUCACCACUAGGCAUGGGUCGAUGUGACUUUGAGUGAAAAUACCACGGUUUCUUGGUAUUUGUUCAAAAAAGUUAAGAAUAAGAAUCAAUAACAAGAUCUAAUUGCUUUUAUCAGAUGAAAAAGGCAACAAUUAUUCCUUCUGCUGCUAAAGUAAUGCAAUCUAUUGAUAAUUAGUGUAAUAUAGGGUUAACUAUAACGUACUUUGUCGUAGACUUAAGCGAAAAUAGAGCGUAAACAACUGACAAAUUUAGUUGUUUUCUUUCUAAGCUAAUAUGUAACAAGCUCAUGCUAGCUUGGGAAUUAGUCAGGCUCUCUGCUCCGUCAGAGCAGACAAGCUGCUCGUAGCUUGCCAAUUAUACUUUUAAAUUAGCACUAUCUUAAAAAGAGCGAUAGGCGGUGCUUCUUUAAUUUCCACGCCUUUCACACAACUCUCCGAGCUGUUUGUGACCGGAAAUAUUUUUUGCUAAAGCUAAAUUUGUAGCGCGUUACAGCCAGGAAAGUUAACUUCAGUUACUCAAGCACUUUUUCUGGGCUUUCUCUUUGAAAAUGAUUUUAAACCAUAGGAAAUGGUAUGAUGGACUUUUUUAAAAAUCAGGCUUAAAACGGUAAUGUUUUAAAAACUUCGGGAUACCUUAGGACCUGUAAGCGGCUCAUGCCUAGUUACCGCCCAAACUCAGCGAAUGUAGAAGAAGAAAAACGUCUGCCAGAGUCUAAAUAUUAUGUCAUCUGCUUUUCGUCUGUAUUUGGUGUCGGGCCACUGGUAUUUCCUUGAAACAUUUUAGAGUGGAUCACAGCCACCCUCAAAACUAGAGGGAGGCCGUUGCUCCUGAUUUUAAACUACAAGCUAAAUCAGGAGGCUCGACGCCGCGGUUUGUCAAAACAAAAAACUGACUUAGUGUUUGACAAAGAUUUCAGCUCUCAAAAGAUUUAAAGAGCCUAAUGAAAGCAGAUGUCAUCACUUAAUCUAUAUCGUAUUUAAGAUUGAAAUUUUUAAAAUUUUAUUUCUCUAUGUAAUUACUUUCUUAAGUGACCUUAUCGCCAUAAUUUUUGUCCUCACAGAAGAGUCAUAUUUUUCCUGCUCUGAAACAAAAGAAAAACCCAACAUCCCUUCAUCUUUGUACAUUUUUUUUUUUUUUUACAUUUUGUAAAUAUAAAUUUUCAGUCACUGUUUUCCAAUUCAUCUUUGUUCUUUUUAUUAUUAUUUCACAUAAGAUGUAUAAAUAUUCUUUCCUAAUAUAUAUCAUCAACAACACAUUUUUUUUUGUGAUAAAAGUAAAAAAUAAUCAAAAAUCUGAUUCAGAACUUGCUUUAAACAUUAGACGUUAGCUUUUCCAUCCCAGUCUGUGUGAAUCCAGAUUCAAUCUCUUUGUGAUGUUAGCACUGGCCAGUGGACAGCUUUAAGCAUAAUGGUCUCAGUGUUGGCGCACAGCCCUACCUGGUGGUGUUUACUUUUAUUUUAGUUUGAAUUUUAAUGGUUUUCCUUUCUGCUUAUGUAAAAAGAGGGAUUGUAGUUGUUUCCAAUGGUGCUAAACAGUCUAUCUUAUCCAGAAACAUAUAUUUAAUUGGGAGAGAAAUGAAAAUGACAAUGACUGUUUUGAGUUCUUUGUAGUGAUGAAAAAAAGACCUGUUAUGUCAGUCAUACAAAUAUAUUAACAAAGGCAUUUUAACUUUGUACUUGAAAAAAAAAAGGAGUAACAGUAAAGAAAGGUUUCCUAUAUUGUUUUAGACUAUAGAUUGCUAGAUUGCUGUAGUUGGUGCUUUAUCUGUGGGAAAUUGUGUGAGAAAAAAAAAAACAGUAAUCAUUUUUACUAUUGCAUACUGUAUGCUUUACACACAUUGUUCUUAACCCUACAUUCCAGGCUGUAAUAUUCAUGUCUAUUAUCAUGCUGUUGUUUUGAACUGAUGCCUUUUAUUUUUUGCCCUUUAUUUUUGUAUCACCAACCAGUUUUUUGUGUUUGUUUUUUACUGUUAAAUGAAGGUCAAUACGGUGUGAUACUGUUGACACUCUUUUUGGCUUUCUUUCUGCCAUAACUGUUUUAUGGCCUAUAUAUGCUUUUAUUUCCCCCACCCCCCUCAAGAACAGUUCAUACAGCAAAUGUAGCACCCAUUCUCCGCGUGACUCCCCCCAUACUUAUGUUUAGUGUCCAGAGACAAGAUAAAGGCUCUGUAUGUACUUGUGCUGGAGAACACUUGAAUAAAUGUCUUGUUUUUGUGCAAAACAAAAAAGCCA